AUGAAGUUCACCUCCUCCAUCCUCUUGAUCUCGGCCGCCAUCGCCUCCGUCGCCAGUGCCAUCCCUAUUACCGGUCAGGCCACAGGAAACGUUGGUGCCCCCAACACUGUCCAGGUCACCGCCAACGCCAACUUUGCCCGCACUCCUCUCACCAAGCUCUGCGGCGAUUGCACCGAAAAGGACGGCGCUGCUCUGGAAGUCAUCAUCAAGGCCUCUGCUGAUCACUAUGCCGACAUUGCCCAUGCUCGUCUCGACAACUUGAUGAACGAGAUCGCCACUGCCAAGGUCACCAGCGGCGCCGAGGAGCUCCCCAAAGAGAAGGCCCUGCUUACUAUCACCGUCCAGUCCAAUAUCGACAAUGCCAAGAAGGCCUGCACCUCUGAGGAGCUUGUCCCUGCGAUCAAGUCUGCUGUUGAAGCAGAUGCCAACUUGGAUGUUGCCUGGUCCAAGCAGGAAGACCAGGAGCUCAAGAAGAAGAUGGCCGAGUUGGAGGUCAAGAUUACUCAGUUGGUCUUGGAUCGUAUCCAGGCCAACAUCAACGCCGAAUUGCUAUCCAAGGACUGCACCGAGAAGAUGACCAACACUGAGAUCGCUCUUGCUCCAGAGACUCCUGCUCCCACCCCAGAGACUCCUGCUCCCGUCCCAGAGACUCCUGCCCCCGUCCCAGAGACCCCUGCACCUACACCUGAGGCACCAAUUACCGUUCCUGAGACCCCUGCCCCUGCUCCUGAAACCCCUGCUCCCGUGCCAGAGACCCCAGCUCCAGUCCCUGAGAACACUGAUAGCGGAUUAAAGGUUGGCAUUGAUGUUGCUGCCAAUGUCGAUCCCAAGUUUGUGUGCAAGUCUGGCUGCAACGACUCUCAGGAUGCCAAGAACGUGUUGAGCCUCCGUGUCAACCUCGAGAACGAGCUCAAGCCCCGCCUGGACUACUUUUACGCCGAGGAGGUCCCUACUGCUUGCGAGGAGAAGAGCAACACUCUGUUGGAUGGUGUCUUGAACUUGCUGUCUGGACUUCGGGUUAACGUCAAGGCCGAUGUCAAUGCCAAGAACUAG